AAAGAAGACGCAAAGAAGGCCAUCAAGGACUAUGUUACAAGGAUCGAGAAACAGUAUAGCACAACAAUACUGAGAUUCAGAACAGAUAGUGGUGGUGAAUACAUCAACAAGGACAGAACGAACUACUUCGAUUCACAAGGAAUAGUUCAUGAACAGACUCCCCCAUACACUCCUGAAUCUAUUGGAGUUGCAGAACGAUUCAACAGUAUGGUAACCACAAUGGUCAGGUGCAUGAUCAUGGACCAUCCUAAGUCGUUAUGCGGAGAAGCAUACGCAACAGCUGUCUAUCUCAAAAACAGGCUACCACACAGUACGCUUGAGGGAAAGACCCCCUUUGAAGCCCUGAAAGGAACCAAGCCAACUAUACAACACCUUCAACCAUUCGGUAGAAAAUGCUAUGUCCACAUCCCAGAAAACUCUAGGCCAGCAGGAAGCAAACUAGCACCCCGAGCGUAUGAAGGAAUCAUAGUUGGAUACUCAGACAGUAAUAAAAUAUACCGUAUCUGGAUAGAAACACAACAUAGGGUAAUUGAAAGUCGGGACGUCACAUUCCCCCCUCCUGAAUCAGGGGAAGUCUCAGUGGAACUCGACUUCAUCCCCAGCCUGAAACCAGAAAUGACAAAUGCACCAUCAGACGACGGAUACGAAUCAGAAGACAGGUCUGAUCCAGAACCUGAGUCAAAUGCAAUCGAAGAGAACCGUACAGAAAUGCCAGGAUUGUUCCCGGAAUCACCGGAACAGGUUAGACAACCACCACCGGCUACACCACACAAGGGAAAAGAACCUUCCAUACCUAUGGGACAACCGCGAGACCCAAGAAAUAACUGGGAGACAAUUCCAGCACCAGUUGUACCAUUCAAAGGCUUCAAAGGAAAACCACUUGCCUCAACGAUACCCAAAGGGUACAUUGAAUCAAUUAGAGAGGACGGUCCAAUGGAUGAAGGCGAACAACAAGCUAUGAUUAAAGAAUUCAAAGCCGACAUUAUAAAAGCCAGAAAGCAUCUUGACCUAGAAUACCAAGAUGUAUCCAAUGAACCGGCAAUCUACCGUGUACACCUUGUAACCGAAACUUCAACCUAUAAUCAAGCCAUGAACAGCGAUGAUCAACACCUAUGGAAAAAGGCGAUAAAGACUGAGAAAGACGCCCUAGACAAAGCCCAUACGUGA